UUUCCGUAACUAAUCGACGUAAAGCGGAAGUAGCAGACAGCUGAAUGUUGAAACGCUUCGACUUGUUCAGAAAAUGAAGUAGUUUGAGAUUGAAGCAUCAUGAACAUGGACACGACUUUGGCUUCUGUAAUGAAAAACAUUGCAGACGCUCUUCAACUUGACUCCAACAACAAGUUAGAGGAUGCCUAUGUGAAAUAUACAGAAUGUGUUUUCCAAAUCAUGUCAACUCUGAUAAAAGAUGUCAAGUCUAAAGAUGGCAAGGUGCUCAUUACCAAAGAAGUUAUGAAGUAUGUCCAACUGGGGAGUCAGUGUAUGGAGAGGAUUCUUAUUGUUGUCAACACAAUCUCCAAAUCAACUGUCAUGCCUGAUCAGAAACCAGCACCUUGGACAGCUACUACCCCCAUUUACAGACCCCCAACCUCUCCUGCAUCUGACCUGGACACUAACAAACCAGGAUGCCGGUUCUCUGCCCCUGUACCCCCCAUUCAAGACUCCCCAGACAGGACAAUGUACCAGAGGACAAAGUCACUAGGGCCACUAGAUUUAGCGUACAAAAGAAACCAACUCCUCAUGGCUGCUUAUAAAGCCAGGCAGGCCAAACUCAACGCAAGGAAUGCCUUUGACUUGAGCUUGACAUUGCAAAGAAAGAUGGCAGAGAAUUUGGCAAUUGCAAAGCUACAAGAAGAAGCUCUUUCAAAGAAGAUGAAAGAGAGACAACAAAGACUUGACGAUUUGGCAAAUCAAAAAUUUGGAUCUUCCAACAAAGAAACCAAAGAAAUAUACAAACAAGUUCUGAAUUAUGAACAAGAUGCAGAGUGGUUACAAAAUAUGCGCAAGGAAUUGGAAGAAAAUCCAAGUGAUCCAUCUGUCAUCAGUAAAGUAAUGCAAGCUGUUCUCUGCUGCAAAGACCAUCCGCUCACUGAAAAGUUGAAGGCUUACCAGUAUAAAAUUUAUGAGAGAAUAUAUCCUUUGGUAUCAGACAAAUUGGAGGAGUCGAAAAAAGUCACUGUUCCUUUGGAUAAGAGUCUUUGGCCUUCAAAACCAAAGGUCAAGGACAAAUUGGCAGAGGAAAAGUGGGAUGAGAAUUCUGAUGAUCAUCCAGAGGAAGAUAAGGGAAUCAUGGAAGCAGGGGAAGUAACACUAAGAGAAGACAAAAGUGAGAUAUCGUUAAGUGAAUUAAGUAGUGAAAAGGUUAAAUCAUUGGAAGAAAUCAGUGCAGAUGUAAAAGAAAACUUAGAAAAAGCCAUGGACAUGGGUGAUAAAUUACAGCACAAACUGGAAGAAAACAAUGAGAGGACUCUAAAGAUGGCUCAGAGAGUUUCACUCGAUGUAGAGUCAUACCAUGCGGAAAACAUGGAUGAUUUGUUUGAUGACGAGGAUGAAGAAAAGGAAGAUGAUGAGGAUGAUGAAAAAAGUAUUGGAAAUCAGGAUGUCACAGUGCCAAAAGAGAGAGCUGGUUCUGGUGAAGAACUAGAAUUAUCUGGAAGAGCACUUAGAAGUGAUUCAUCUCAGUCCUUGGAAGAUCCUGAGCAAAUCAAUAGAUUGAAGAUGGAGGCCUACAAGAGGCACUUGAAGGGAAUAUCAGAAGAUGUUCAUUGCUACUUGGACAAGCUUCAGGAGAUGUUUAUCUGUGCCUAUGAACAGUUGGGGUCCCCAGAGGGGAGAGAUUGUUGCUACUCACAGCUGGAAGAACCUUUCUUCAAACCAAUCUGGCAGUAUUUGUUAGCGUUGUACAGGUUUGGUAAUAAAUCUUUAGAGAUUCAGCUUGCACAUGUUAUGACGGUUCAUAUGAACGGCUCGCCAGCAGAUCUAGGAGUGAAAGCGAAACUAAGGUUGCAGUCACAUGACCAGAACGUGAAUGACAUUCCAUACAAACCAGCCAUAGAAGAACUUAGAUCCAUCUCAUCACAAGUGACUCUUCUGGGAAAACUUGAGAGUUUAGUGAAGUCUUCUCGCCUGAUCUGUAGAUGUGUGGAAGAACACUACAAUACAAUCGGCGGAAAUGUCCCAGCCAUUGGAGCGGACGAUUUACUUCCUAUCUUGAGCUACGUCAUAGUAAGGACAGGUCUCCCACAGAUUGUGUCCGAGUGCAGCAUACUGGAGGAGUUCAUUCACGAGGGGUACAUUAUGGGAGAAGAAGGGUACUGCUUGACUUCAGUUCAAACAGCUUUGAAGUAUUUAGAAACUCUCAGUAACAACCUGCUUGCAUCAGAUGAAGAAUAAGUCAAUUGCUGAAUUUCUAUCACCUACAUUACAUUGGUACAAGAUAUUUUCUGGAUUGUUGACUGGUAUUUACAGUGGAGCUGUCGAUAACGUAAUCAUGUGGUUUCAUUAAUAUUUGUUGAAUAACAAUUUUUGUUGGUUCUGUUGUUCAGUUGAUCCACAGAAUUAAAUCUUCAUUAAAAUGCAAUUUCUUAUAAUAAAUUAUACACAAAAUGUAGCCUUGAAAGUGUAAUUUUCAUCAAAUCCACGAAAAAAUUGAUGCUCAAAGAAGUUAAUGAAACAGUUUUCUUUGUACUGUAAAAGUGGUUAUUUGCGCGUUGGGAAAAUACUAGCUACACAGUAAGCUUAAAACUGUAUGAAACAACCGCAUGUGUAUGGUACAAAAACUUACAAACUUUUGAGUGGUAAAUAACGCAAACAUGUAUUUAAUAUACCCACAAAAUAUUGUUUGAUUAAAGAAAAAAAUACUUAUAACCAACAGUGUAAAAUUACUAAUGUAUUUUAUCAUAAUCUUUAAUACUUCUACGCAUUUAAUAAGAGUACUUGUAUUUUAUUGGGAGCGGAGUGGGCCAAAACCCUUACCUAGCAAAGAUGAUUUAUUUAGGUUGGGAAAAGUUAUGCUUAUUAAGAAUCAUUCUAAAAGUUUGCCGUCUCUCAAUAUUCUGGUUAAAUGUUUUGUUUUAGAAUUUAUAAAAUUAUUGCAUUUGACUUCAGUGCUGUAGAGUACAUUUUGGGGUUUUCAUUUCAUUAUAAAACAGCAUGUCUUGUGUGCCAUACAUUUUAAAAUGAAUAAUACUAACUAAAGUUGCUUGAGAGACCAAUCUAUAUUAUGUUAUUGAUGUGAUAUCCUUAUGUUGUAUGCAUCAUUAUAUGAUGCCAAGGAAGUGAUUGUGAUAGCUAGUGUCUUUGGAUGACAAAGUUGAUAUGUGUUUUUGUGAUAUAUCUUUUUUUACAAACUGUUAAUUUACAUGUAUGUCAUUACAAUGUUAAAAUAUAAAAUAUGUUUUCAUUAUCUUAUUAAAUAUAAUACUUUUUAAAAAAA